AUGCGCCUCUUUAGGACUCUACCGCUAGUCGUCGUGGGACUUUUUGCGCCCUGUCUCUCGGGCGCCUUUCCCUCGUCUAAAGACCGUGAUGCGGCAGUCGCGUUCUUGGAUCGUCUGCUUGUUGAUACACGAGGUCUGGGUAAUGCUCUCACCGAGCAACGGCAGCCUUCUUCGCUGGUUGUAGACCUGGGGUAUGCCAAGUAUGAAGGGUACAACAACGCCACCAGCGGUCUGAAUAUUUGGAAAGGCAUCCGCUACGCAGCUCCGCCGACAGGUUCACAGCGCUGGCAACCUCCCCGCCUCCCAUCAUCCAACGACACGGCUACGGGUGAUGCUGCCCCAGUACCGGUGACGGCAGCAACUGAAUUCGGCCCCAUCUGUCCGCAAAACUACCCCGCGGUUCCGGGUCUCCCCUUCAUCCCGGGGGACGAAGACUGUCUCUUCCUCAAUGUGUACGCGCCCGCCGACGCCAAGGAUUUGCCGGUGCUGGUGUACAUUCACGGCGGCGGAUACGGGUACGGUGAUGGCAGAAUUGAUAUGUCGGAGAUUAUUGGGGCGAAUGGGGGUGGAUUCGUGGCUGUUGUUAUUCAGUACCGGCUCGGCGCGUUGGGCUUCCUUUCCUCUGCGGACGUCAAAGCUCGUGGGGUCGUGAACGCAGGACUGCUGGACCAGGCUUUUGCCCUCGGCUGGGUGCAGCGCUUCAUCGGCCUGUUUGGCGGGGAUCGUGAAAAGGGAAUCGCUGCUUCGCCGUACCUGCCGUUCCACUACGCCUUUGAUGCGCCGUUUCCGACUGCGCGGUACCAGGCGUUUGCUGAGAAGGCGGGGUGCUCGUCGUCUGGUGACAUUCUUGCGUGUCUUCGUGGGAAGGAUAGUAUGACGCUGCAGUUGGCGAGUGCGAAUACCACGUUCGAACAGCCCUAUGGGUUCUGGGCGUUUUACCCCGUGACGGACGGCGUGUACAUCAAGAACCUCCCAACUGAGCAGAUGAAGCAGAAGAGAGUGAAUGGAGAGCGUCUCCUCGUCGGUGUGAGUAUCUUACCCCCCAAGCUCCGCUUCCUUUCCAUGUGUUCUCGACCGGCGACUGACGAGCAUUGCAAGCAUAACGCCAAUGAAGGACCUCUACUCACCCCGCCCAACAUCGUCAGCGUCGAAGACUUGACGUCCUGGCUUAAGCUCGAGUUCCCCAAUCUCUCAGCGGACCAAAUCGACGAGAUCCUUGCCGCGAAUCCGACAAAGACAGGGGCGAACGAUACUCGCUUCGAGACGAAUGGGUCGACGGGGCUUACGGCCCUUGACGUGAGCCAGUCUGGGACCGGGCAGCAACAGAGAGCAAAUAACAUCUACGCCGAGGCAACAUUCGUGUGCCCUAGCUAUUGGCUCUCCGACGCCUUCACAUCGCCAAAGUCGUCGUGGCACUACCAGUACUCCGUUCCCUUUGCCUGGCACACGGCCGACAUCCCAGGCUACUUUGGCCCCGCGACGCCGAACCAGGGCCCGGACAUCGUCCUCGCCUUCCGCAAGAUCUGGGGUAACUUCAUCACGGGCAACGACCCCUCUAUCAGCAAUGAGAUCGCCAACGGAGCUUCUUCCGGCAUCGACGUAGGUGCGGAGAAUGGAGCGAGCCAGUGGCCUGCCUGGACGGAGGAGGCGCCAAAACAGGUGAACCUGAACCAGACGGGCGGCGUGCCGUACGAGUUUACGACUUCGUGGGGGGCGCGGGUCACGCAGUUUAUGGCGCCGGGACAGCUGAAUGAUAUCCGGGUUGUCCCUGCGGAUUCGUGGGAGGGCGGACGCGGUGCCAGGUGCGAAUUGUGGAGGGGUUUGGCUCCUAGCAUUCCGGCGUAG